AUGGAUAGUCACCAAAACUGCUACAAUUGGCGACAAAAACUUUGUUUGGUCGGCAUUGAUAACAGAUUUUUUUGGGGGAAAGUUUUUCAAAUUUGGAGGCAAUUCAUUUUGACCUUUUCUUUUCAUACAUAUUUGUUUUUAUCAAUCCACCCAAACCAAACCCAGAAGACUCUUAACUCUUGCUCUCCCUCUCCCUCAGGGACGACUCACCAUCACUUUAGCCCCCAUCGCUCACCGUUGAUCUUCCACCAUCGUUCACUGUCGAUCUUCCACCAUCGCACACCGCCACCGCCGUUGCUCGCCUCGCAGCUCCUCGCAUUGCAUUGCUUCGACAUUGAGGAUCGGGACAGUUAUUGGAAGAUGAUGCAGAAAUAUAUAGGUUCUGACGUCACAUCAAUGGUGACACUCCCAGUUAUCAUUUUUGAGCCAAUGUCAACGCUUCAAAAAAUGGUAGAGUUGAUGGAAUACUCCUACCUUAUGGAUUUAGCAGAUGAAUGUGAGGAUCCCUACAUGCGAUUGGUUUAUUCUUCAUCCUUCUUUAUAACAAUCUAUUAUGCCUGCCGACGAACCUGGAAGCCAUUUAAUCCAAUUCUUGGUGAAACUUAUGAAAUGGUCAAUCAUGGAGGUGUUAAAUUCAUUGCAGAACAGGUGAGCUUAACCACAUUUUCCACUGGAUACAUUUUUCUUAUUUUCUUUGUUUAA